AGUUUUUUCAGUAAACAGUCAGAGCUAAAACUUAAAGCUAUUCAGUUGUUAGAGAUAUGAUAACGUUGUGAGAACUGUAAAUCAGUAAAUACUUUAUAUUCACGAGUUUUAUCUUUUCUGGUGAAGAGUUAUCAGCUUUUUGACUCCUAGUCGUAGUGCCACCACUUCCAUCGUUGCUUUAUGAGAGUUUGUAAACCCAUGGUCGUACAAUAUGCAGAAAGGAACAAACCGGGAAAGUUUCCCCUGCGUUGGAUGGAACUCUGAAGUUGCCCAACAUGAGGCGUAAUUUUUCCUUUGUGCACGAUAUAACCUGAACAAAGCAUUUGUGGUUAUCAUGGCCUCUUGGUUGAAGCAGGGCCUAAGUACAUUAGGCGAAGGAAUUGCAACGCUGACGAAGGAGAUAAUCAGCGAGGAGCCACUGCACGAAUUUCCUCGACCGCCUUCCUCCACUCGCUCCUCGACCCCGAAACCCGCGGAGGAUGCCCCGUCACAGCAUACGAUUGACGACAGCAGACCGGACUCGGAAGCGGAUGCUCUUCGUACUUUGGAGGAGAAACUGCGCAACGCGGAGUCGCAGCUUAGCAGCAGUAAUAUCCAGUAUCAGCAGAUCAUAAAGAAUUACGAGGCCCAUAUGAUUGGGAUGCGCGAUCAGAUUUAUGAGCUGCAGGCGCAGCUGGAAAACCGCUCGAAAGAUGUUGCGCUAGAGCCCGCCGUGUCGGAUGUCAUCGACUCACCGCAGUAUGUUGACGUCGAUCUGACCGCCUCGUCGCCGUCGCCAAACAGCUUGGAGGCUGCUGUCGAAGCGCACACUUCAACACAGUCAUUUCCCACCAGUCUGCCCGAACUGCAGUCCGCGCGUUCGGUGGACGAAGUGUCUGUUCAUGCGCUGGAGCAUGAACUGGAGGAAAAGGACGCCACAAUACGGCAUCUGACGCAGGAAUUGGCGCGGGCGCGAGCAUCCGUCGCGCUGCUGGAAUCGCAGAUCCCUGUGGACGACGGUAAAAUCGACGCGGAAAUGCAGACGGUACCUGGCGAUGUCUUCCCUGAUCUGACGGCGGAGAUUGUUGAGAAGAGUGAUAUGUUUAUGCAGACCGACGAUGAUCUGAAGCGCAGCUCGGUGGACUAUGGUGUACAAGUGGAUCCGGUGCAGGAUUUGAAGGAGAUGAACACCUUCUGCCUGAUUAAUUUAGGAGUCAACGACGGCAGUUCGCAGACGUCGUCCAGUCCAGAAAUGUUGGUUCCCGAAAAUCUUGACCAGGGUACGCAGUGGGAAGACAACCAGAUGGAUUCAGAAAAGGAGUGCAAAGUGUUCAGCGAUGGUUCAUGCCAAACUGAAGCGGAAUUUGUUCAAGUUGUCAAUACUCUACAAGAAAUGCUUCCCUCCAAAGAUUUAGAAGUUGUGGAAUCCUUUCAACAGACCGACUACAUUAUGUUGGAUGAAAUUUGUCAGACGUCCGAUGAAAGAGAUUACAGCGAUCGUGAUAUUCAGACAGAAGCGGAGGAAAGAGCGCCUCAAAAGGAAUUCAGCAAUGCGGAGUCGCAGUUCACUUCGGAAGAGUCUGGUUCUGAAAUAUGGACACAGACACCGGACCACAAACCCGAAAACCAGAGCAUUCAGACAGAUAAUCCCGCCGGUCACGAUCAGGACAGCCAGACCGAAGUCCCACAUCCUGUGGAUGCCAGCACAAUGGCCGAACUUUUUCUGGAUAGUUAUGAUCAAGAAAUUCAGACAGAGUUUUCCGGGGGCGUUGUUUCGGAAACCGAUUAUUUAUUGCUUCGCCAGUCGGCUGAAGGGGCUCAUUCGGAGAUGAGCCAGUUGGUAGCCACCAACGAUCGACUGAAAAAGGAAGGCGAUAGAUUGCGGGCACACCUGUUGGGCGUUGAACAAGCCUAUGCUCAGGAUUUCCAGACCGUCCAAGGGAGAGAGGAAGAGCUGAACAAGGUUAUUGUCCAGUUAGAAGAACAACUGCGCGCGACUACCGUAUCACAACAGCAGACUUCUAGUGAAGUGAAAGAAAACAUCGGUUUGCUGCAGGAACAGGUUAUGCUGUUGACGCAUGCGCGCGACGAAGCCAUGACAAAGUUGCGAGAUAGUGAGAAAAGGAAUCACCUGAUGGAAUCAUCCCUGUCGAAUAUUCAUACGGCACUGGAGCACAUGAAGAAAGAACACCGUGGGGAGAUGGAAGUGGACAGGGAGAGAGCAAAAAAAGCCGCGCGAUAUUUGGAAGAGCAGCUACAUGAACUGCGAGUGGAAAACACGAAGUUAAAGGAGGUGGUUGCGGAUAUGCACAAGGAAAAGACUAGUGCUGUACAGUCGCUGGCCGAAAGUCAACUGCUGAGAGACGCAGUCGAAGAUUUAAAGAAGCAGCUGGAUGAAAAAGAUAUGUUCCUGAGUAAAGCCUUGGACGAUGCGGCUACGAUCAGCUCAAAUAAAAUCGACAAAGCUUUCAUUCGGAGUAUGGUGUUGGGAUUUGUCGCAGGACCGAAAUCCACUCAGGGCGACAUUCUGCGAAUGUUAAUGUCCACUUUAGAUUUCAGUGAGCAGGAUAAGCUUAGAGUGCAGGCUGCUCAGAGCUCCGGACUUCGUUCUUUCUUCUCCAAUGCGCCACAGAAGGCUGGUCCAUUACCGGACGACACCUUCAGUAAUUUACUGGUCAAGUUUGUUGAACAAGAAAGCCAGCCAAAAGGGAAGUCAGCCGCAGAGGCUCAUUCUGUGUCCAGUCCAAAAUCUCAGAUUCCUUCUGCAGCCGGAAUGUUUAGUAACCUGCCCGUUGCAUCCAAAAGACCGGUUGCGGUUGGUUCGACCAAUUUCGUUACUGUGUCCGAUGAAUCUGUGGAGAAGCAGGAUAAGGUUUUGCAGAAAAUUUUAGAUGAACCGCUCGGUCAGCCAAGUUCAGUGGAUACAGUUUAGCAGUUCAUGAUUCGAUGAAACUGCUUGUCCAGUUUUCAACCUUUUAGCACAGAAGAACAAUUCUCCGUUUCGAUUGUUGCCUUUUGGGUUUGUAGUUUUACUUUGUGAUUGUCGAUAAAAGGGAGAUCCAGUUUAUAUUUUGAAAUUUCGCGCUUCGGGUUUCUUUUAUGAGUUGAAGUGAAGGCUGCGGCGUUAGAGAAUAAAUUUUCAACCAAGACAGUUUUGGCCUUUUGGGUAAAGUGAUAUUGCAGCCAGCUUUGUAGAUUUCAAACCAGACCGCCAAUUUUAUAGUCC